AUGGCGUGGCACCAGCUCGCCAUAGACAAGCCGCAUCUGGUGUACAUCAUCCUCGGCGGGUUCACCAGCAUUUUCAUGCUAUGCUCGCUCUUCAUCAAGGAAAAACUGUACAUUGGCGAAGCAACCGUUGCGACAAUAUGCGGUGUCAUAUUCGGUCCCCAUGCCGCAAAUCUCAUCAACCCUCUGACCUGGGGUAACACGGAUCAGAUCACCCUCGAAUUCUCCCGUAUCGUCCUGGUCGUUCAGUGUUUCGCCGUCGGCGUCGAGUUGCCCAAGGCGUACAUGGAAAGACAUUGGAAGUCGGUUGUGUUCCUCCUGGUCCCAGUUAUGACCUUUGGGUGGCUGAUUACCAGUCUCUUCAUCUGGUGGAUGAUUGUCCCUCUCAGCUGGCUAGAGUCUCUGGUCGUUGCCGCUUGUGUUACCGCCACCGAUCCCGUCCUGGCUUCCUCGGUCGUGGGAAAGGGCAAGUUUGCAAAACGGGUUCCCAAACAUCUUCGAGACGUCCUGUCUGCCGAAUCUGGUUGCAACGACGGGAUGGCUUUCCCGUUCAUCUAUCUGUCUCUCUACUUGGUUAGGUACCACCUGCGAGCCGGAGAGGUUAUUUUUCACUGGACAUGUUUCACGAUCCUCUACGAGUGUAUCUUUGGCGCCUUCUACGGCGUCAUGGUCGGGUACAUCGGCCGCCACGCCAUCAAAUUCGCCGAGCGGAAAGGCUUGAUUGAUCGGGAAAGUUUUCUUGUGUUCUACUUCGUCCUGGCCUUGUUCUGCGCCGGCUCUGGGAGUCUGUUGGGAAUGGACGACCUCCUUAUUGGAUUUGCUGCCGGAGUUGGGUUUUCGAACGAUGGUUGGUUUACCGAGAAAACCGAAGAGUCCCAUGUGUCCAACGUCAUCGAUCUGCUUCUCAACCUGGGCUACUUUGUUUACUUUGGGACCAUCAUCCCCUGGGACCAGUAUAAUGCGCAUGCACACGGUCUCGUUCCAUGGAGGCUUGUUGUCAUUUCAAUCAUGGUCAUCUUCUUCCGUCGGAUACCUGCAAUGCUGGCUCUCAAACCGCUGAUACCCGACGUCAAAACUUGGCGGGAGGCUUUGUUUGCGGGCCAUUUUGGGCCCAUCGGUGUCGGCGCCAUCUUCGCAGCAAUCCUCGCCCGUGCGGAGCUGGAGACAGAUGGAACAACACCUUUGGCCAAACUCCCUGAGGGAAGCGAAGAAUUUGAGCUAAUUUACCUCUUAUGGCCCCUGGUCACGUUCUUGGUCAUCUCAUCCAUUCUCGUUCAUGGCUCAUCAAUUGCCGUGUUCACUUUGGGCAAACGGAUCAAUACUCUGACGAUCACUCUGUCGUACACUCAAGAUAACGAAAAAGGCCCGGCAUGGAUGCAAAGGCUUCCCAGAAUCACGUCUCAGUCGCGGUCGAUGUCGCGCAGGGAAAGCUCAGAAUUGGACGUUGACGAGAAGUUGGAGAUCCCACCCGGAGAACUACCUCCAAUCGGAAUCCCCAAGCUCCAUCUCAGACGACAGCGCGAAGACGAGUAUGAGAAAAGGCCAGCCUCUAGAUCUUCGAGUCAUGGCAGAGCACGGAGGCGGAGAAAGCGCGAUAGGGCUCUGGAAGAGCGCCUGGGAGGACCUGUCAGUCUGAGCGCCAUUGCUCCGUCAAGACUCAGUGAACCCAUGCUCGUGCAACAAGAAUCUGGCUCGGACACAUUGUUCGACAAGUCCGGCGAACCUUCGCCACAAAGUCGUCCAGAGCGCGCUGAGGUCGGAUCAGCAACACCGUCCCCAGAGCGGCAUGAGCAGGAAGCUGAGCCAGAGAGAGCACGCGCCCGCCGUACACGGUCUCCGCCACCUCCAGAUACCCCUGCAGACAUCGAGGCAUAUGAGGAAGGUGACGAUAUUGUGGUUGAGGACGAGGAAGGAAAUGUGAUAGACACGAUUGAUGCCAGUCACAUGUCCCCGGAUGAAAAAGCGGAUGCCAUUGAAAAGGCCCGAAAUCGGUUGGCGAAAGACGAUUCCGGGAAAUUUGCAAAACACAAGCACGAGCCACAUCCCAGAAACGAAGGGGAGGAGAUGGAGGAAGAGAUGGAACAAGCUGUCAUGCCCAAAAGUAUGCGUCAGAGAUUUGAUCAGUGGAAAGGCUUCGGCAGACGGAAGGAGGGAGAGGCAGAACCUUCGAGCUCCAAGCAGGGCGAACGCAAGCGAGGCCCAGCCCAUGCUUACCAGUUUGGCAACACAGUUAUCGUCGAAGACGAGGAUGGCGAAGUCAUCAAGACGUAUAACAUUCCUAGCGAAAGCAGCGGGCCUGGUGGCGACAAGUCGAGGGAACAGCAAGUGCGGGAUGGUCUGCGUCGGAUGAGCACAUGGGUAGGUUUGGGCCGACAAACUGGUCCUGCAGCAGGGCCUGUAGAUCCUGCAGGUCCCAGCGUCGACGCCCCUGCGCCAUCAGAAACCCUAGACCAACCCAAGGAGGAAGCCGUCAAGAAGCGAGAUUUCAGGAGACGCAUUAGCGAUGCAUCCUCUGACGACGACGGCUUGAGAAUGACAAUCUCCAAGGCCGACCAAUACGGCUUGACUGGGUUGCAAAAGAAAGCGCGAGAUGCCCCCGGAACUAUCGCGUUAGGAUCAGGCCGUCGACUGUCGACACGGGACUUUAUCAAGCAGAUGCAACAGCUGGACCCCAAAAGCAAGAUUCGAGAAGUCGAACGCAGUGAUGCCACAGAAGAUAUCAAACGAGAAGUCCGAAGGGCCGCGAAAAUGGAAAAAGGAGGGCUUGGUAAGUUAACUCCCUCUGAGGAGAGCCCAACGCGUGGCCGGACCGAGCCAAAUCUCGGCGGUGCAUCGACUGUUCGCCGCCCAGAUGCUGGCAGAAGAACCGCAAGUGAGCAAGAAGCCGACGAUUAUUUCAGCCCCCAACGUCGUCCAAGACCCGAUCGCUUGGCUACGCGUGAACGGAACCCGACGCUGAGCGAAGAGAGUGAGGAGGACGAGGAAGAGGAUGAGGGAGAAAUUCCAACCCACAAUGUGAGAUCGAGUCUAGCGAAGCACGGCAAAGGCCAGACAGCCGCAGACUUGCGCAGAAGACACCUGGCGAGAAUCCGGUCUGAAGAGGAAGAAGAAAACGACGAGGAAGGAGAAACAGCUGCGGAAAAGAGGCGUCGACUGGCUGCAUUGGGUCUGGGUGACGGGGACGAAGAUUCAAGCAGCGAGGGCGACGAAGACGAACCACGUCGAACCGAAGCUGCUGUGCCAGAACCUACCCAGGAAGCGUCAUCGUCUUCAACUCAACCUAAGGCACGCAUUCAAUGGGGUGGCGAGAGCGGCCGAGAGAAGAAGGAUCCCUACGACAUCUAUGCCGGUGAUCCUAUUGUUGGCGCCGCAAGAAAAUUGAGAGGCAUGAUGAAGAAAAAGGGUUGA